UUGUUUGAAGAAAACAUACUUUUCUUUUUGGCGAGAAGUAAAUUGGAAAAUUCGAAGUAAAUACAAUUGUUUUAUGUUGUGCACUCUGAUUAUCUUUGUGGCCCAGUUUGCGCCCAGCUGAGUAACUGUUUCUUGUGUGUCAUGUGACAGUUCUGGCCGCCAGGUGUCGCGCCUCUUAAUAUAUAUAUAUACAUAUAUAUAUAUCUAGUGUUUCCAAAGCGCACACCCAACUUUAAGCAAAAUGUCAGCGAAAAAUCAAAUGAGCGUCUUCAUGGAGAAGAUAAAUACGAAGCUACAGUCGUGUCCCAUUGUUUGCAUUAAUGAACCGGAUACGCACAGCGCCAAUGCGGAAAUAUUGCAAACAACGCCCGAAAGCACAUUAGAGAAGCCCAAAAGCAGUGCAGCAGCAGCAGCAACAGCAACAGCAGCAACUGUAACAAGCAACAGCAACAACAGCAGCUGCAUAACAAUCAAUGCAACAACACCAGCAAUAGCAACAACAGCAACAGCAGCAACAGCAACAGCAGCAACAGCAACAGGAGCAGCAGCAAUUGCAGCCACAACCAGCAGCACAGCGGGUGUAACCAAAAUAACAAUUACCAGUGACAAUAGCCAGAGCAACAACAACAAAAACAACAACAACAACAACAACAACAGCAGCAGCAACAUAGUGCUCAAUAGCUACAACAGCAACAGCAACAGCGGCAGCAGAAGCUGCAACAGCAGCAACAACAACAACAACAACAACAGCCUAAUAUCCAUCACCAGCCUGAACAGCUGCAGCGAUUUGAGCCAAGGCAGCACAGCCACCCUAACACUUAACAGCAGCAGCAACAGCAGCAGCAACAGCAGCAGCAACAGUUGCAUCAACAGCAGCAACAGCUGCAACAGUCGGCCCAACGGCAGCGCCAGCGAUACCUCGUCGGCUAAUUUUCAGGAGCGUUUCGAUUUUGAGCACUGGAAAAGCGUUUUAAGCGAUUUAAGCUGCUUCAAUAGUUUAUAUCGCUACUGGAACCAGUACAGCAGCAACACAGGCAACAACAGCAGCAAUAGCAGCAACAGCAACAACAGCAACGGCCACGUGGAACAUGCAGAUGAGAACAACAGUUUGGGCAGCGGCGCCAACUCCUUUUAUGCACACAACAUAUUAGGCUACACAUUUGGCUAUCCAUUUGGACUUGGCAAGGAGGAGGACAGCAACGACAACAACAGCAGCGGCUGCAGCGGGGGCAGCGUUGCACACGGCGUCAAUUUCAAGAAGUCGUCGAUUAACUGCGAAACGCCACUCCAGAAACACUACAGGCAGCAGCAGAAGAAGAAGAUGCCAGUCUUUCGGGGCAGACGCGUUUGGUGCGGCUGCUUUAAGGACGAUGAGCCGCCGGAGAUUUGUGUGGUGGAGGGUGCGUUUACGCUGCAAACCCUGACGCCGACACAGCCAAUGCCAUCGGUGGAUGAGCUGGACACAAAGUUUGCCGAGCUCGUCGAGGAGCUAGAUCUGACGGCGCCCAACAAGGAGGCGAUGCUCAGUUUGCCGGCGCAAAAGAAAUGGCAAAUCUAUUGCUCCCGCAAGCUGCCGCUCGAUGCGAACGAUGGACCCGAUGCGACGACCAUAACACAGCCACCCACAGCGGAGCACUAUAUCGAACGGCUCAAGGAGCUGGUGGUGCAUGUCUCGCUCUCGCCAGAGGAUUCGCCCAGCCAUGAGCUGAGCACGCGCCUGGAUAAUCAUGCCGCAUUUGUCGAUGCGCUCAAGACCGCGCUGCGCACCUCGACGCACAGCUUUGUGCUGCGCUUUGUGGAGCUGGACGGAUUGCCGGCGCUAUUGAAUCUAUUGCUGCAGCUGGACAUCCGGGUGGCCAAUAGCUCGCUGCACACCAGCCUCAUUGGCUGCAUCAAGGCGCUGAUGAACAACUCGAUGGGUCGCGCCCAUGUGCUGGCCCAUCCGACGGCGAUCGAUACGAUCGCGCGCUCCUUGGCGGCGGAUAAUAUCCGGACAAAGAUCUCGGCGCUAGAAAUAUUGGGCGCUGUGUGUCUGGUGCCGGGCGGACAUCGUAAGGUUCUGCAGGCCAUGCUGCAUUUUCAGGAGUUCGCCACGGAGCGCACACGCUUCCAGAGCAUUGUCAAUGAUCUGGAUCGUUCCACGUACGCGUAUCGGGAUAAUGUCAAUCUCAAGACGGCCCUCAUGUCGUUUGUGAAUGCGGUGCUCAACUAUGGUCCCGGCCAGGAGAAUCUCGAGUUCCGUUUGCACUUGCGCUAUGAAUUCCUUAUGCUGGGCAUACAACCGGUCAUCGAUAAGCUGCGCACCCACGAGAACGAGACGCUCGACAGGCAUUUGGACUUCUUUGAAAUGGUGCGCGCCGAGGAUGAGAAGGAGUUCGCCCGCCGCUUCAAUGAGGAGCAUGUGGACACCAAGAGCGCUGGCUCUAUGUUCGAACUGCUGCGCCGCAAGCUGAGCCAUUCGCCCGCCUAUCCGCACAUGCUCUCCCUGCUGCAGCAUAUGCUCCUGCUGCCCUACACGGGUCACUGCACGGAGCACUGGCUGCUGAUUGAUCGCGUCGUGCAGCAGAUUGUGCUGCAGGUGGAAUCGCGUCCCAACAGCGACCUCAUCGCCGAUCCCGAUGAUCCCGGCAAGCAGCUGAAGCUGGCCACCGAGUCGCCAGUGCAUGACCCGGACGUGGCGCCGCUGCACAUCGAUGUCAACAAGUUGGUGCGUCUGUUGGUCAAGGAGGAGCAACUGACGCAGGCGCGCAAACGCGCCGACGAGCUGGAGCGUGAGAACUUUGAGGUGCAGUCGCGUCUGGCCAAAAAGGAACAGGAGCUGGAUCUGCGCAUGCAGGAGAAAGAGGACCUGGAAACAGGCCUAGCGCGCAUGCGCGAACGCCUCGAGAAGGAGUCCGCCCAGCACUCGCAGGCGGUGCAGCGUGCCCAGACCGCCGAAAUGAGGGCCGAGGAUCUGCAGCAUCGGCUGCAAAGCGAGCAGCAGGAGCGGGCACGCUUGGAGCGACUCGUCACGGAGGGCAGCAUACCCGAUGACCAGAAGGUCGCCGGCCUGACCGGCUGCAAUGGUGCCGUCUCGCCGCCGCCACCGCCGCCGCCCAUGCUGAAGGCGGUGCCACCGCCGCCGCCGCCCAUGGCGCCAGCCAUGUUGCCACCACCGCCGCCGCCCUGUCCCGGCGCACCACCGCCACCGCCCAGCAUGACGCCAGCAAUGGCUCCAGCACCACCAAAAGUGGAGUUGCCAAAGAAGAACGUGCCACAGCCAGCGAAUCCACUGAAGAGCUUCAACUGGUCCAAGCUGCCCGACGCCAAGCUGCAGGGCACCGUUUGGAGCGAACUGGACGAGAGCAAACUCUACAACAACAUGGAGCUCGAGUCCAUUGAUAAGCUGUUCUCAGCCUAUCAAAAGAAUGGCGUGUCGGCCACCGAUGGAUCCUAUGAGGAUCUGCGCGUGACGGGCAAGAACAAGCAAAAGGUGCUGUCUGUCAUCGAUGGACGACGCGCCCAGAACUGCACAAUUCUGUUGAGCAAGCUUAAGAUGAGCGACAUGGAUAUAUCCAAAGCCAUACUCUCCAUGGACAGCAAUGAGCAGCUGGCGCUGGAUAUGGUCGAGCAGCUGCUCAAGUUUACGCCCUCCGCUGAGGAGCGUGCGCUCCUGGACGAGCACAGCGAGGAUAUCGAAUCACUGGCACGCGCGGAUCGUUUCCUCUACGAGAUAUCCAAGAUUCCACACUAUGAGCAACGCCUGAAGAGCUUGCACUACAAGAAGCGCUUCAUGCUGACGGUGAAUGAUCUGAUACCACGCAUCACCAGCGUCAUGGAGGCAUCUAGGGAGGUGGCCCGCUCGCGCCGAUUGCGCAAGCUGCUCGAGCUGGUGCUGGCAUUGGGCAACUAUAUGAAUCGCGGCGCCCGCGGCAAUGCCUCUGGCUUUAGGCUCGCAUCGCUGAAUCGUCUGGCGGACACGAAAUCCAGUGCGGCCAAGGGCACCACGCUACUGCACUAUCUGGUGCAGGUGAUUGAGAAGAAAUUCAAGGAUCUGCUCAAGUUGGAGGACGAUAUACCGCAUGUGCGCGAAGCGUCCAAGGUGUCGCUGGGCGAAAUGGACAAAGAUAUACAGAUGCUGCGCACCGGCCUGGCGGAUGUCGCGCGCGAGAUUGAGUUCCAUCGCAGCUCGGGACCGGCACAGCAGGGCGAUCGUUUUUUGCCAGUGAUGCGGGAGUUCCACGCCUCGGCCUCGGUGCGUUUCGCCGAGCUGGAGGAUAAAUUCCAGGACAUGAAGACGCGUUUCGAUCGUGCGGUGCGCCUGUUCGGCGAGGAUGGCUCCGUGCUGCAGCCUGACGAGUUCUUUGGCAUAUUCGAUUCAUUUCUGGCCGCCUUCGCGGAGGCGCGCAACGACAACGAAAGCUUCCGCCGGCGCCAGGAGGAGGAGGAGAAGCGCGCCAAACAGGAAGCCGAGCUCAAGAAGCGCACCAUCGAGCGCAAAAAUAAAACUGGCCUCAUGAGCAGCGUGGCACGCAAUCUGGGCCUCAAAUCGUCAAGCAAUGGCAGCGCCAACGGCAGCGAUCCACUGGCCAAGAGUGACAACAAGGGCGAGUUCGAUGAUCUGAUCUCGGCGCUGCGCACCGGCGAUGUCUUCGGCGAGGACAUGGCCAAGUUUAAGCGUUCGCGCAAGGCGCGCGUCUCCAACGGCGCUGCGGCCGGCGUCGGAGCAGGAGCUGGUGGAGGUCCAGGCGCUGGCAACGCCGCCGCCGCGGGUCAGACCUCGCCGCCGCGUCUGCAGCGCGAGGAGAGCGGGCGGGAGCGCGAGCGCACUGUGAGGCGUCAAUAAAAGCGGCCACGCCCAGCCAAAGCAAGCAGCGCGUAGUCAAAGUUUUCCUUUUUUUUUUUAAAUUUCUUUAUUUGCUCUUUUCUUAAAUAUCAUAUAUUGUUAUUAUAUAUAUGCUACAUAUACAUACCUAUACCUAAACAUAUAUAUAUAUAUAUAUAUAUAUAUACAUAGCUUAAAAUCAGUUUCUGCAAGCAUUAAACCAAAUUUUUUACAACCAGCAAAAAUACAAUGAAAA